AUGGCUGGAAGUUCAAGACGACCUCAUACAAAGUCGAGGAACGGAUGUAGUGAAUGUAAAAAGAGGAGAAAAAAGUGCAACGAACAGCUGCCUCGUUGUAGUAAUUGCGAGAAGUGGAACGUCGAAUGCGACCUCUUUAUGUGCGCCCGACAGAAAUCCGCAAACACGAAUACGCAAAUACGCUCGGAGGGGAGCCCGUCUUGGCCGAGCACUUGUUCCGACAGUAGUGCCGCUUUAAGCGCUCCGAUACCACCUCCAAACGCUCUCAAUCUCAAUAUGCGAGACUUGGAGCUGAUGAACCACUACAGCAGCCACACCAGUGUCACGCUCUGCCAACGGGAGAACUGGCCAAUCUGGCAAACGCAAAUUCCCCGAGAAGCUCAAUUGUACCCAUUCUUGAUGCACGACAUCCUCGCUCUAGGUGCUUUGCACAUCUCCUAUCUCGACGUUUCUCGCCGGGAAGUCUACCAUCUCAUCGCCCGCAGCCACCAUGAUCGAGCACUGGAAUCCUUUCGCUCGGAGAUCACCGAAGUCACUCCUCAGAAUGCAGGUGCCAUCGCCGCUUUCUCCAUAGUCGUCGUUAUGUUCGUUUCCGGGUCUGCCAAGGUCACCGGGUUCAAUGAAGUGACGGAUCCAAUUCUCUCGUACAUUGACAUACUCGCUGCAAUGAGAAAUACUGGCUCCAUGAUACAUUCAUGCAGCUCUGUUUCAGGCGGUCCGAUAGGACUUCUGCUUCAGUUAAUCCAGGCCAUCGAGAACUGUGGAAGUGAUCCAAUCCCGGUAGACAUGGAUUCUGUCUUAACUUGCCUUAACGAUGUGAACUUAUCCUCGUCUGAUGCUUGGGAAGACAAAGGGGUCUACCAGACAGCGAUAGCGGAUCUACGCCGCUACGUUCCAACACAAGCCCACGACGCUCCACCAUGGCGGCAUAUCCUCUUUUGGCCGACACAAGUUAGCGCGGAGUUCUUUGCUUUGCUUAGAGAGAAGAAAGCUAUGGCGCUAAUCAUCCUGGUUCACUGGCUUGUGCCAGUGCAAACGCUUCAAUGGAUGUGGUGUAUGGAUGGCUGGGGCAAAAGCAUAUUGAGCAGUUUGAACGAGUUGCUAGGUCCGGAAUGGAGACCGGCGAUUGAAUGGCCUUUGAAUGAAAUGAGGAGUGCUAGUAGAAGGCAUGAAGCAUUCGACCCCAGCCUACAAUGA